AUGAAGAUAGGCAAAGCUGGCGAGGAGGAGGAAGAAGGGGCGCUUGAAUACUUUGUCCUGCAGGAGAGCACAGGCUACAUGGCUCCAACGCUUCGCUGUCUUGCAAUACUGCACACGAUCAUAUCUUUCUUGUGUGUGGUGGGAUACUACUACCUGAAGGUGCCACUGGUGGUUUUCAAGCGCGAGAAGGAGAUAGCGAGAAAGUUGGAGUUUGCCGGCCUCUACAUCACCGAGCAGCCGUCGGACGACGACAUCAAAGGACAGUGGGACAGACUGGUCAUCAAUACACCUUCCUUCCCAAACAACUACUGGGAUAAAUUUGUCAAACGGAAAGUGAUCAAAAAGUACGGCGACCUGUAUGGAGCAGAGAGGAUAGCAGAGCUGCUGGGCCUGGAUAAAAGCGCCCUGGACUUCAACCCCACAGAAGAAACCGUCACCAAGGAAGCUUCGCUGGUGCUGUGGUUAAGCUCAAUUGACACAAAGUACCACGUCUGGAAAUUGGGAGUGGUGUUUACGGACAAUUCUUUCCUGUAUCUUGUGUGGUACACCACCAUGUCCAUCCUGGGCCACUACAACAACUUCUUCUUCGCUGCCCAUCUUCUGGACAUCGCCAUGGGCUUCAAGACGCUCCGCACCAUCCUCUCCUCUGUCACACACAACGGCAAACAGCUGGUGUUGACGGUGGGCCUGCUGGCGGUGGUGGUCUACCUCUACACUGUGGUGGCCUUCAACUUCUUCAGGAAGUUCUACAACAAGAGCGAGGACGACGACGAGCCGGACAUGAAGUGUGACGACAUGAUGACGUGCUACCUGUUCCACAUGUAUGUUGGCGUGAGAGCGGGAGGCGGCAUCGGCGAUGAGAUCGAGGAUCCAGCCGGCGACCCGUACGAGCUCUACCGGAUCCUUUUUGACAUCACCUUCUUCUUCUUUGUCAUUGUCAUCCUCCUGGCCAUUAUUCAGGGUUUGAUCAUCGAUGCCUUCGGAGAGCUGAGAGACCAGCAGGAGCAAGUCAAAGAGGACAUGGAGACCAAGUGUUUCAUCUGUGGCAUCGGUAAUGAUUAUUUCGACACGACGCCACACGGCUUCGAGACUCACACCUUACAAGAGCACAAUUUGGCCAACUACCUGUUUUUCCUGAUGUACCUUAUCAACAAAGACGAGACAGAGCACACAGGCCAGGAGUCAUAUGUGUGGAAGAUGUACCAGGAGCGCUGCUGGGACUUCUUCCCAGCCGGCGACUGCUUCCGCAAACAAUACGAAGAUCAGCUCGGAUAGAGCUGACGCGAUCCUCUUUACCUCUGUGCACAUGGAGUGGGCUGCUGGGAUGUGUAGUCCUACAUGCAGCUUCUGGACUACAACAGUACACCAGUCAUCACACCCCAAUGCAUUGGACCGGGCUGAGAAGAGAGAGGCAAGGCAAACGUACUUUUUAUCUACAGUAAGAGAAAAGUCUUCUACCUACGUCACGUCGGUACAGAUGUGAAGAAAUGACCUGUAACUUGCUCAGAUGUUAGAUUUUGAUUCUUUUUGUUUAAUUUGGGAAAGUGUGUUGCCUUUUUUACUCCACAUAACCCCAACUCAUUGCACAAUUCUUAUUCUUGAUUUGUUUAUGUUUUUGUUGUCUUUAUUGAGUCAAUGGGACAAUAAUAAUAAUUGUUGGGUCACAUUAUGCACAAAGAACCUUACUCCAGUACUUUGAGAAUGUUGAACUUGAGACUUAAUGCCAAAAGAGAAAUGCAGUGGCGUGCAGUAGAGUUGUAUAGUGUGCAAAAAAAAAACAAAAAACUUAUGUCUUGUGGAAAAAGAUUUUAUUUCAGAUGUCGUAAACCAUGCAUAUUGAGAAGAUGAAGUUUUAGAAAGAGGAAAAA